AUGGAAGGACGCUGCCAAUGUGGCCAGAUCCGCUUCACCACGCCCACCCCCAAACCAGACGCAAUCUACAUCUGCCACUGCACCGAAUGUCGCCACCAAUCCUCAUCCACGUACGGCGUGACGGCCGUGUUUCCAUCAUUUGAGCUGAAAGACUCAGAACCCUAUCCUGGCGCUAUUGCCAUCUAUAGCCGUCCGAACCCGCAUGGCUGGACGGAAGGGCAUUUCUGCGCCAAAUGCGGGUCGAGGCUGAUUCAUCGUCCAAUUUCACACCAGGGCCAACCGGCUAAAGUCGUCAGUGUCAAGGGCGGGUGUCUCGAGGGGUUGACGAGGGAGAUGAUGAGGUCGGCGGUCCACAUUUGGACCAAGUCGGCCGUGAUUGAUAUCCCAAGUGGGGUGGAGCAGUAUGAGGAAGAGCCGCCGGAUGGAAGUUUCAAUGAGGAGGGUUGA